GAACACAAACACGCCUUAUCACCGGUCCCACUUCCCACUCUCCUCACCUCACCAUCUUCUCUUCUCGCUUUCUCCAAUAAUCCUAGAAGUAACAAACACUCUUUCUCUUCAUCAACCACGACAAAUCUUCGCACCCGAAAGAAACAUCCUAAACCAAACAAACUCAGAUACACAACACCUUAGUACUUGUUCUUCUUGUUCCAACCAGAAAGAAAGAUAGUAGUUUCAUUUUUUUGGACUUUUUUUUAUUUCUUUUGUCGUUUAUUUGUUACUUCCUCUUUUUGGCGUAAAGGUUGGUUGUUAUAUAUUGGUGUGGCAUGUUUUGUUUCUUUCGUAUCUUUUCUUUCUGUCUACACCCCCAUGUUGUGGUUCUUGUUCGGUUUCGAUUUUGAAUACGCAAUACUACAACAACAACAACAACAAAGCUGUUUUCUUUGAGUAUGUCGCUCAAAAGGGGUCCCGAUGAUAACAAGAGUUCGGAUGAUAAGCGGAGAAAGCCUCCUCCUUUUUGUAGUGUGGUGCGCGAGGUGAUGAAGUUACAAUCAGUUAGGAAUUUGAUGGAGCCGAUUCUAGAGCCGUUGGUUCGUCGAGUGGUUAAGGAGGAAGUUGAAUUGGCCCUAAAGAAGCAUUUGAACAGCAUGAAACAAACCUGUGGAAAGGAGCUGCAUACUUUAGAAACAAGAACUUUGCAGCUGCAGUUUGAAAACAGCAUUUCUCUCCCUGUCUUUACAGGAGCUCGAAUUGAAGGAGAGGACGGCUCAACAUUAAGGAUACGUUUAAUCGAUGCCGUAACAGGGAAGGUUGUUUGUACAGGACCUGAAUCUUCAGCUAAGGUGGAAAUUGUAGUCCUUGAAGGUGAUUUUGAAGAAGAAAGUGACAUUUGGUUGCCUGAAGAUUUCAAGAACAAUAUUGUGAGAGAGAGGGAGGGGAAAAAGCCGCUCCUUACAGGAGAAGUUAUUUUAUAUCUUAAAGACGGGGUUUGUAUGAUGGGUGAAAUUUCAUAUACAGAUAAUUCAAGCUGGACAAGGAGCCGUCGGUUCAGGCUUGGCGCAAGAGUAGUGGACAACUUUGAGGGUAUUAGAAUAAGAGAAGCAAAGACAGAUUCAUUUAUUGUCAGGGAUCACAGAGGAGAAUUGUACAAGAAACACCACCCUCCAAGUCUUUCGGAUGAAAUUUGGAGACUGGAAAAGAUAGGCAAAGAUGGGGCUUUCCACAGGCGUUUGAGUCGUGAAAAGAUCCGUACCGUUAAAGAUUUUCUCACACUACUCAAUCUCGAUCCAGCAAAGUUGCGAACUAUAUUAGGCACUGGGAUGUCUGCAAAGAUGUGGGAAAUAACUGUAGAGCAUGCUCGGACUUGCGUCCUUGAUCCAACAAGGCAUGUGUCAUCUCAACAACCUCGUGUAGUCUUCAAUGCCGUGGGACAAGUGACAGGACUGCUCUCUGAAUGCGAAUAUAUCGCUGUAGAUAAGCUGUCUGAAACUGAAAAGGCUGAUGCUCAAAUAUCGGUUCUUUCUGCACUUAGCCAAGGCGAUUAUACCUCUUUCGAAGACGAAGCCUCCUUAAUGGAUGGUUAUUCACACUUAACUAAUGCACAUUACUCUCCGAGAACCGAGGGAUCAAGUGCUAACAAGCUUUUGGCUUCUCAAAAGAUUACAGGAUUCAAUUACACACAAGAAAGUGCAUCUUCAACUGAUAUCAUGCCGUCCAUGUAUUCUGUUGGUGGAAGUAGUGGCUUGGACGACUAUGGUUUACCAAAUUUCGACAGCAUUGGCCUUAGAUACGAUCAGAAUCUUGGUUUUCCACUCCAAGUACCCAACUCUUUGAUCUGUGACACGGAUUCAAUAGUCCAUGCUUUCACUGAUGAAGAUCAUCUACAAUUUUUCGAGGCCGAUCUUCAAUCUCAGUGUCAGAUUGAAGCAGAUUUACAGAGUGCUGUUGAUAGCUUCAUGCUGGCACCUUCUACAUCUAUGGCUAACGGAAAAGCUCGGAGACGGUGGAGAAAGGUAGUCAACGUUCUAAAAUGGUUCUUGGUGAGGAAGCGACGAACCCAGUUAUAUAGGUAAGCUUUUGUACAUUGCGUUCUCGAAAGCAGCCUACAAAAUAAUAGUUUGCCGUGUUGAUAAAGAAAAAGUUAUGGUUUUCUCUCUCUUAUAUAUGUAAAUAGAUCCUCUAUGCAUUGGUUUUUAAGGUUGCCAGAGGUUAAAGAGCUGUUUGGCUCUUCUCUUUGAGUUUGUAAAUAAUUGAUCUUCAGGAGAGGAUUUCUGAUUGUUGGCAAAUGUUUAGUGAGUUAGUAUAUCAUAUUUUUGUAAACAUUUUGUCCAAUAAAAUCAGUUUUCAUAGUUUCUCACUAAAA